AUGAACGGUUAUCCAUGGUACACUAGAGCCACCGACAUUGCGCACAGACUCACGGUUUUGGGUCUUGUUGGUUUCACUGUCUACAUGUCGGCUGGCGUUGGCUACACCCUUUAUCAGAACGGUAAGAUGGCCGAAGAGAGGUUGGCGAAGCAGAAAGAGGUAAUGGAG